UCAUACGCGUCAAGGCUUCCCAGUGCUCACAGCCGUCACCGCCGCCGACGCAGGUCUACACCGAAAUACCUACAGAUAUUAUUCCCGUGCAUUAUUAUAGUGUGGUCCGCGUACGCCGCCGCACGUAGAUUUUUCACUGAACCUUCAGCGAAAACUCGGAAAACCGUUCGUUUUGUUUUCGUCGGGUUCCUGCACACGCCAUGCCGCCCAACAACCUGCCCUCCGAUCCGCUGAAGAUCGUCUUCCAGCUGGCGGUAUUUAUUCUGUUGUUGGUGCCUGGAAUUCUGUUGGCAAUUUUGAAAAAAUUCAUACCGGCGAAGCCGAAAUGCGUCAAAGGACAAGUCGUGUUGAUCACCGGUGCUGCUAGGGGAAUAGGACGUGAACUUGCCACUAGGUUUGGUAAAUUGGGUGCAAAAGUUGCUUGCGUGGAUAUCGACGAACUGGGAAACGUCGAAACUGCUCAAAUAAUAAAAGAUCGCGGGGGCGUGGCCACUAGCUACAAAUGUGACGUUUCGAAAAUAGAUCAGAUCAAAGUUCUGCACGCGACGGUAAUUGCCGAUUUGGGUCCGGUUGACAUACUCAUCAACAACGCUGGCAUUGUGUGGGGACAUUUAUACAUCGAUCCGGCAAAGGACCAGUUCAUCACGGACCAGGUCAAUGUCAACCUAAUGGCUCAUAUUUGGAUGAACAGAGAAAUUCUUCCAUCAAUGCUGGAGAGAAACCAUGGACAAAUCGUAGCCAUGUCAUCGAUGUCUUCGAUGUCCGGUGUAGCUAAUAUUUCCACGUACUCGGUUACCAAAUGGGGUUUAAAUGGUAUGAUGGAAUGUUUGCACAACGAGUUGAAACAGUUCAACACUGACGUAAAGACCACGAAUAUAUUGCCUUAUUUUGUGGAAACCAACCCUAAAGUUUCGUCGUUUUUAGAUCUCAGACUACCCGAAAUACCUACACGCGUAGCCGGUAGUCAAAUGAUGAAAGGGAUAUUGCAAGAACGGAGGAUAUUCUCUGUUCCCGGCCACAUGCUGACAAUGAUGUCGAUCAUAAGACUGUUACCGGACAACUUGCAAACGCUCUUCAACAAUAUAUUUCACGAAAAUUUCAAAAAUAAAAAACCUAUCACCACCAAAAGCUAUUUGAUUCCACGAAAUCCUGUACAAAUUGUUUGGUCGUUAUUUAUAUUCAUUUUACUUUUGUUACCAAAUUAUAUAUGGGCUGGUAUUAAAUGUUUGAUGCAAACAAGAAAAGAUGUUCGUGGACAAGUCGUUUUGAUAACUGGUUCUGCUAGAGGCCUUGGUCGUGAACUUUGUUUGGCUUUUCAUAGACUUGGUGCAUCAAUCGUAUGCGUAGACAUUGACGAAGAGGGCAACGAAAUGACGGCCGAAAUGAUCCGUGGACAGGGUGGCACUGUAAGAGCUUUUACUUUGGAUAUUACCAAUAGAGAAAAAAUCGUAUCGAUGCACGAAGUGGUGAAAAGGGACUUGGGCCCUGUAGAUAUAUUGGUGAACAACGCAGCUGUAGUAAAGCAAAAUAUUUACGUCAAUUCCGAAACCGACGAACUAAUCCGAACAAUGAUUGACGUCAACAUACUAGGACAAUUUUGGAUGAAUAAAGAAAUACUCCCAUCGAUGUUGAACAGAAAUAGUGGACACAUUGUAUCAAUUUCAUCAUUAAUAUCAAUGAUAGGAACUCAUUCGUUGUCCGCUUAUACUGCUUCGAAGUGGGCCGUUACGGGUAUGAUGGAAGCUUUAGACCAAGAACUAAAUAUGCUAAAUUCAAAGGUUGUCUUAACUACUGUGUGUCCAUACUUCAUGGAUUCAAAUGAAGACAUUACAAAGAAUAUCAGUAUCAGCUUCCCAGUUAUUCCUCUUAGUGCAAUAUGUGAUUGCACAGUGGAUGGCAUAUUGAAAAACAAAAAAAUGUUUACAAUACCUGGAUUUUUGUUUCUAGCAAUGAUGUUUUACAAAAUAUUACCGAGCAAAUUACAAUAUCAGAUGCAAAAACUAUUAGGAGCUUCGUAUAACUAUUCUAAAAGUGACUACGAUACAUUGAAGAAAUAUCAGAGAAGAACUACGUCUUUGUAAUAUUUACAUCAUUAUAAUAUUAUAAUAUAAAUAUAUUAUUAUAGUAAUAAUUACUAUGAGAUAUUACAGCAUUGAUUUUAUUAGCAUUUUAUUAUUUUUUUUUUUUAUUGAUUCUAUGUACAUUUUGAAAUUAUGUAAGUUGAUUGAAAUAUUAUAUCAUAAUACCUAUGUUUUUUUUUAAAAAUGUUUAAAAUGUAACAGUUUAAAUUUGUUUUACCACAUUUUAAUAGUAUUAAUAUGUC